AUGGGCUCGAAUUGCAUGUCGUCCGAGCCACGAGUCAGCGCGGGAAAGACCGCGCGUCGGCACGUCGACACCAAGUGCCGGUACGCGUACAAAAAUUGCCACAACCCACGCACGCUCAAGGACAAUGGCGACUUGCAUUCGCUGUGCGCCCUCCAUCGCGAUCGCGCGAAUUUGGUCCAAAAAGCGUACGCGCGAAAACGGCGGAGUCGAAAGCGCCAAGAACGACUGGCCAAAUCAGCGCUGGCCGCAACGGCGCCUCCACCUGCCAAACUACACACAGCACACAACCACCCGACGGGGACGACACAGCGGCACGUCGCCAUGAUCGAGUCCCCCACACCAAUCGACCCCAUACCCUACCUGAACGACGACGAUCCAUCGGCCGACAUGGAACGGCAAAGCCCCAAGCCAACGACCGAGUUCACCCUCGACGACGUCCAGAUGCUGCGAGAUCUCAUGUAUGUCAUUGUAGUGUGGGGACAGCAUCCCGUCGUCGAUGUGGUGUUGUACGGGGUUGACGCGCUAUAA